AAUCAUUCAGAGGAAGCUGAUAAAGCUAUUUAUUCAGCGGAAUGUGAAGUUGUUAAACCACCGAAUACUGGCGAAGUAGUUGCCAACGCGGCCAUUGUCGAGGAGGAAUAUAUUUCAAAUGAAGAGGAGGAGGAAGGAGGUUCCGAAUGUUCUGAUGAGAUUGAGCAGGAGGUGGAUGACGAAGAAGAAGAAGAAGAAGAAGAGGAGGAGGAAGAAUCCAGUGCAGAAGAAACUGCCGAUUGGGAUCCGAUUGAUGCUAAUGAGGAUAAAUCGAAGUUGGAACGAUUUUCACUGCCCUCUUAUCUACAUCCAGUGGCUGUCAAUGAUGCUGGUGUAUAUCUUCUCGAAGACGGCCAUUUCUUCUAUCAGACCGAUGGAAUUAAACCCCUACCAGAUUCCCAAAAACGACCUUCUUCACCGCAGAUAGAGGAGAACGGCACACUGGAGGAGGCAAAUUCGAAUGUUGAAGGCUCUCCAAGCCCUUCGAAAAAGCGAAAAUCAGUCAACUUUAGCAUGGCGCCUAUCACU